AUGGGGCAGACCUCCUCCAACCUAAACCUAAAGAAAAUGAGAGGGAAUGAUCACCCAGAGUAUGAACUCCAUUGGCAGGCCGACCAACUGGAGAAGAAGAACAUGGGAUCUCUGUACAUCGAGGAUUGGGAACUCAAUGGCAGAUGGAUUGAACCAACCAGAAUUUGGAUUAAUUGUGACGCUGAAGAGAAUAGACAGAUCUUGAAGAAGAUAACGAAGCUGAGCCCUCAUCUUUCUGAGUUGAAUUCUAUUUAUUUCAAGAGAAUUAAGAACAGAAAAGCAUACAUGAAGUGUAUGAAUUACUGUACCAAGCUGAAAAGUCAAUUGACAGGAAACGACCUCAAAGAGGUUUUGAUUUGAGGAAGUCAGGCAAAUUUAGAGCAAGACAACUUUAGCUUUUAUGCUAGGAGUAUGCUCAGGCUUGUUUCAAUGGCAACAGAGUUGGUUUACAUAGAAGCCUUCAAAAUAUCACACAAACAUUUUGGAAGGAUCCUCAUGUCAUGAAACAACACCCAGAAAUUAUGAUUCAGAAGAUGACAAGUGAAUGUUGCCAAUUUGGAUUAUCUUGAUCAUGUAGGAGAUACAAAAGAUGCCCGCCCAUCGAUCAAGAAUCUCAGAUUAGAAUUUAACACAUUCAUUCAGCCUGAAGAAGACAGUGAAAACUUAGAUGGAUUGAUGCAGAAGAUGGCUGAGUCCAGGCUAAACACUUGCUUAUUCACCGUGGAAAUCUGGCUGAAAACAAUGUCAUUGAACGCAUUCAUAUGUCAGCCAAAGAAAGAGUACAAAUGUGGGAACUUUAAUGUGACUAUUUCUUAUUUGCCUUUUUAGCCUAAUGCCUUUGUUUAACUAAUUUUAC